AUGACCGCCAUGAAGCUGCAUUCAGCCUGCUACAAGAGCUUUGAAUACAUUAUAAAACACGCCAUUUCAGAAGCUUGGGGGACACCUUGGGGUUGCAGUCCAGCAAAAGUAAGAACUAAGUUAACUCCAUUCUACACAAUUGCUCGACGUGUUCACGGAGUAGAAACUCUGCAGGAUAGCGUGAUGGUUUCAGCCGACUGCAAUUUUCCUCUAAUUGACGCAAGUCAGCGAUUUGAAAUUACGUGUAAAAUGAAUAAUUUUGGUGGAUACGAAUGGCAAGAGGACGAGGAGUCUGGGUGUUUCAUGAAGGGAUUUGAAGUCACUAACUGGGAUGCAAUCAAUGUAGUAAAAGACAAAUUGCAAGGUACCAACCUUCCUCCUACUCUAUUUGUAGUCUUCGAUGGUCAAUGGCAUUUACCAAUAAUCCCGAUCUCAUUCAAUAAGAUUCGUUUAUUUUUCAUUUGUAUUAGGUUAUACCAGCUUGUAUUUCUUAUAUCAGAAAUUCUCAAUACACAUAUCGUCGACGAAAUGGGAAAGGACCUUUACCUUUAUCACAGUACCCUCGUCUCGCUUUAUCGAUUUUCAUCCAAAGUGUCUCCACUGGCGGCCUCGAAUCAUGACGAAACAAGAACUGAGUUUGCGGUAGAACGUAUGGAGAUCCCAAUUCCGCUGGAUGUAACAUGUUAUGAAAUUUCCUCGCACCAGGCGUAUGUAAAGCUGAUCAAUUUGAGACCUAUUUCUUCGCUUUGCUACGUCGGAAGAUUUGGAGAUAAAUUUGGGGUAAGUGAGGUCCGUUUUUCAAUAAAGAGUUUCGUCUACUGGCUGUUCGAACGUGCCGAGGCAGCACUGAACCCUAACCACAGGGACGCACCCAAGCAAAGCACGUGCGGACUAAUGAGGAUUUGUGUGACGGAAACUUCGGAAAACCUUAAAACUGAUGUCCCCAAGGAACUGCGUCACAAUGUUGGUCUCCUGCUCCUUUUUAUCAUCAAUUUCAUUUUCUCUAUAAUUGGACUUGUCAUACUGGUCCUGAUUGCAACAUUCUAUCCAGCCUUCCGUAAUUUUGGAGUAGUUCAUAUCAUUAUCAAUUUUGUCUUUGUUCACGACUUGGCUACUAACUUGGAUCAAUGUUCGAAUGCCCAGCAUUGCUUAAAAAGUGGACCAAACCACCUCUUUUGGGCCUACCUGCAGCUGCUCGUUUCCGUUCCUUACAACCUGUCAGUCGUGCUUUCUGGUAAGACUCACAGUCUGGGCCGGAUGCUUUGGUACUGUACAGUUGUUUGUGUCAUUAUCGCCACCACCGCCAAAGUUCUCUUGCAACAGAACAGGCCCAUGUUCCUCAAUUACGUAUGCAUGCCAUUGGACAUAACUUCGCUCAUAACUAUCCCCAAAGUUGUAGUCGUCUUCAUCAACUUUAUCCUCUCGAGCCAUUAUUUGCGAAUGAAGACCCAUCGCUACCUGGACGAAUGGUUUGGCAGCUUGUUGUACACUAUUGGGGACAUCAUUGAUCUCAUAUUUGGUCUGUUGAAGAUGAUCGAUUUUUCGAGUGACGCCGAUCAGUCAGACUUCAGAUUCAUCAGUCGCUACGUCUUAAAUCGCACCAUUACGUGUUUUAUGUGCACAUUAUAUCAGACAUUCUUCAAAAUGUCCCUGAUGAAAUUUUAUCACCGGUUCUUCCUUAUCACCAUGUGCCAUGGACGUCUGAAAACGGUCGCUGACAAUGAGACCUCCUCCCCAUUCUUCCAACUCAUUAACACCUUUUCAGAGUAUGAAACGUCUAAGCCCUUUGGAAAGAGUUUGGGUCAGCUUGCGCGUCAUUUGAAGCGUGAAUUUCACCUACCCUCCCCAGUGUCAUCAAUUUGCGAUCCAGCCGUCUUGCAUGACCGGACCGCCUGA